AUGUCCUUUGAGAAAGACGAAAAGGAAACCAACCUAGGAGAGGUCCACGAUAUCGAGGAGGUGGAGCCCUCGCUGCUUGACUGGGUUGCCCAGAAGCUCGGAGUCCCCCCUAACGACAUCGACGGUACUUAUCCUGCCGAAGUCCAUUUCAUGGCCGAGAAGUUCGCCGCCAUGACCGAGGAUGAGGCCCUGGUCAUCUGCAAGGAGAACCUGGCCUACCAUCAGGUCGACCCUAACUUCCGAGAGGAGUACAAGAUUGAGCUUGAGGAGCUUCUCAACUCAUACCACGGCUCCCAUGACCCCACACAGCAGUCCGUCUACGUGGACGAGAAGGAGGACCACGACGUGGACCCCACCGAGCGAGCUAUGCUGCUACGAUACUGGGCGACCAUCUUUUACUGGUGGUCUCCAUACCCCGAGGUGCGAUCCGUCACUGACCCCUUUGACGACGUGAACCAGACCACUCUCACCUGGCGAGUGUACGUGGUGGGCACCAUCUGGGUCGCCGUCGCAGCCUUUGUCAACACCUUCUUCCAUCCUCGUCAGCCCGCCAUUUCUCUAUCAGGCUCGGUCUGCCAACUGCUGCUCUACCCCUCCGGUCGUCUCCUCCAGUACGCUCUGCCUGACUGGGGCUUCACUAUCCGAGGCAAGCGAUUCACCCUCAACCCCGGAGUCUGGUCCCAGAAGGAACAGCUGCUCUGCACCAUCAUGGUCACCUGCGCCCUCGGAACCCCCUACAUCACAUCCAACGUGCUCACCCAGUACAUGCCCAUCUACUACAACCAGUCGUGGGCCGGUGGCUUUGGCUACUCCUUCCUCAUGAUGCUGGUUACCCAAUACAUGGGCUUUGGUCUGGCCGGUCUGCUGCGACGAGUGUGUGUCUACCCUGUGAAGUCCAUGUGGCCUACUCUUUUACCCACUCUGGCCGUGAACAAGGCGCUGCUAGCCCCCAACCGAAAGGAAAAGAUCAAUGGCUGGUCCAUCUCUCGAUACUACUUUUUCUUCCUCGUCUUCUGCGGCUCCUUUCUCUACUUCUGGAUCCCCAACUACCUUUGGGAGGCCCUGUCCACCUGGAACUGGAUGACCUGGAUCGCCCCCAACAAUGACAACCUUGCCAUCAUCACCGGCUCGGUUGGAGGUCUCGGAUACAACCCCAUCCCCACCUUUGACUGGAACAUCAUCAACUUUGGUAUCCAGCCCAUUCUGCUGCCCCUUUACACCUCCAUCAACAUGUACGUCGGAGUUUUCAUUUCGGGUUUCUUCAUCAUGGGCAUCUGGUACUCCAACAACAACUACACCAAGUGGAUCCCCAUCAACACUAACACCCUGUACGACAACACUGGAAAGAAGUUCAAGGUUACCAAGAUUCUGACUGAUUAUGUAUUUGACGAAGAAAAGUACAAGAACUACUCUCCCCCUUACUACUCAGCCGCCAACCUCGUUACCUAUGGAGCUUUCUUCGCCAUCUACCCUCUGUCCUUUGUCUACACCGUGCUGUGCAACUACGAGAUGAUGUGGGUUGCCAUCCGAGAUACUGCUCUAGCCAUGAAGAACUUCCGACGAUCCAACUACGAGGGUCUCGAGGACCCCUUCUCCCGACACAUGAAGAAGCACAAGGAGGUUCCUGACUGGUGGUUCUAUGUCAUUCUGCUCAUCAUGUUCGGUCUGUCGAUCGCUCUGGUCGAGCACUGGCCCACCAACACCCCUGUUUGGGUCAUUGUUCUGUGUCUUGGUCUUGUCUUCGUCUUCAUCAUCCCCUUCACCCUCUUCCUGUCUUUCACCGGUGUGCCUCUAUCUCUUAACGUGUUGGCUGAGCUCAUUGUUGGAUAUGCUCUUCCCGGUAAGUUCCAGGCUCUCAACCUGGCCAAGGCUCUGUCUGUUCAGAUUGCCUCUCAGGCCCAGAACUACGCCAGUGACCAGAAGCUCGUUCACUACUCCCACCUUGCUCCUCGAGACAUCUUUGCUACCCAGCUGUGGGCCACUCUUGUCAACGGUCUUGUUGCCCUCGGUGUGAUGCAGUUCCAGAUGCACGACGUCAAGAACAUCUGUGAGCCCGAUAACGCCAUGAAGUUCACCUGCCCCAGCGAAACCACCUUCUUCUCUGCCUCAAUCAUUUGGGGAGUCAUUGGACCCAAGCGAAUCUUCGACCACCAGUACCCCACUCUCAAGUGGAUGUUCCUGCUCGGAGCUGGAGUCGGUCUCCUCUUCUGGUUCAUCCAGGUGAUGCUUCCUAAGAUUCUCCUCAAGUACAAGCCCGAAAAGACCCAGGCCAUUCUGCGGUACCAGCGAAUUGUGACCAAGUUCCACCCCGUCAUUUUCUGCCAGUCUUGCCUCAACUGGGCCCCUUACAACCUGUCCUACUUCACUGGCGGUCUGUACGCCGCCAUCUUCUUCAACGGCUACGUCAAGACCCGAUUCCUCGCCUGGUGGAGAAAGUACGCCUACGUCUUCUCAGCUGGCAUGGACACCGGUAUCGCUCUCAGUGGUAUCAUCAUCUUCUUUGCCGUGCAGUACAACGACUACAGCAUCAGCUGGUGGGGCAACAAUGUCCCGUACGCUGGAGUCGAUACUCUCGGUGUCACUCAUCCUCCCCUUCCUGAUGUGGGCUACUUUGGUCCUGGUCCCGAAAACUAUCCUUAA